UCCUGGCUGAAAUUAGGGGGCAUAUUCACUUUCAUAUUAGCUUCAUCCUUUCUUAUGUAGUGUCAGGAACUAGGCGCUGUUAAUCCCUCAUUGUCGUUAGAUAAUAGGCUCUCUUACAGGCAACCGCAUAGCCCACAUUAAUACACCGAGGACUUCAGUUUAACCAGCAAAUACAGACCCCAUUAUUUAUGUUUCGAACCAAUAAGAACCAAAUAAGAUUUUACAACCAGAGGAUAAACAUCGGUUCAGAAAACCGGCUUCCUAAUUCCCAAAGCCAUGUGUAUUGCUAUUGGUCAUGGUUUAUUUGCAAUUCAGAGCCCCCAGUGUUUCCUUGAGGUACUUCCAGCCCUGUAUUGCAUGUUACGAUAAGAUCAGACUUUGAAGAACUUAAAAUGUUCUGUACAGUAACUUUGGAUCGCCCGGUUAAAAUCAGUACUUACAUGCUUCUGUUAAGUUUGUCUUAAUGCUGAUGGAAACGCUGUUUCUUCAUUCUUUCCGUUUGUGGGCACUAGGAGAAACAGAAACAUCACACUCCCCCAACCCAGGGUUAAAUCUGCAAAAUUCCCUUUUACAGGCUGACAAAGUGAGUAAAAAUGAAUCUGGGUAAAACCAACAAAUUGUCUAAUAAUAAUAAUAAUAAUAAUAAUAAUAAUAAUAAUAAUACCCACGACGCAGUAGGAUAAGUGGUUUGGAAAAUGGAUGGAUGGAUACUAAUAAUAAUACAAUAAGGUACCAGAUCAUCAAUCCAAUUUUUCUUCAAACUGAAACCUUAACUUCUGACAUUUUGAAAGCCAAUAGGAUGCAUCACAAGAGAAAACAAAUAACUGUAAUUAUCUGUAAUAUUUAGACAAAUCAGAGUCCAUGCACUUGAAUGUCACGCUCUUAUGCACACUCAUUGGCCUUUGUGUGUGUUUUCCUCUACUGUGAUACCUUUAAGCCCAACGGCAUCAGGAGGCCACUUGUCCCCAUUUCGUCAGUACUGAUUGGUUCCCACGCAGUGGCCCUACCUGUGCAUUAGCUCAAAGGGAUCCAGAACACCUUUUGUAUCUGCCUGCCUUGUAUAGAACUAAUUGAAUUCCUGCGGUCAUUGUCAAACAUGGGAUGGUUGCGAGCAUUGACCUUAUUCUUCAUAACGGCGUUUCUGCCUCAGGUUUCCCGCACAGCGGCCAAUCUGGAUUGCCCCGUCACGGCCAUUAAGUCCACUUCAGCGUCUUCGUUAACAGUGAAAUGGAAUAAAUAUAUUGGUGCCACGAACUAUUUCCUGGACCUCCGGGUUGUGAAUGUUACAGAUGUCGCCCCAGUGGUGGUGACACUGCCCGCGUCCAGUACAGAAAGGCUGGUUUAUGGUCUCAGGCCGGCUACGACCUACAAUGUAACUGUAAAGGUGUUCCAGUUUUACCACGUCAGGUGUGUGGGCACCAGCAUAGCCACCACAGUCCCCGCUACCACAUGGAUAACAUUGUUAAAGGCGAUAUCCAGCACCGCUAUCCGGCUGGAAUGGGCGCCGAUCCAAGGCGCCCAGCACUACUUGGUAAUAGUCGCGUCCGCCACCGAGAGACACAACCGGAGCGUGGAGGAGCUAAGCGCCGUGAUCGGAGAGCUGCGGCCGGCGACCUCCUAUAGCUGCUACGUGUACGCCUGCAACGCCGCCGGCCAGGGCGCCUCGAGUCAAGGCAGGACCAUCGUUACCUUGCUAGGCCCGCCAGAGGUUACGGGAGGUGAGCAUGUAGAGGAGAGUACAGCUCGCAUAAGAUGGAAAGGCGUUGAUAAAGUCCUACUGUACCAUGUGAUGAUCACCGACACCAGCGACUCGAGGGCCGCGCCGGUCACUGCCAACGUGUCGGCUACCUACGUGGAUAUUAAGAACAUCAAAAUGUGCUCGGCCUACGAUCUGGCGAUAUCGUCAUACGACGCUUUUCUUCAGGCUGGAGACGCCACUCAUUUUACCUAUAAAACGAGCACUCUGAGCCCAGCUGACCAUAUCUCUGUGGAGUACAGCUGUGUCAGCAGGAGUGUGAUAGUGACAUGGCACUCGGUGUACGGUGCUGACUCAUACAAGGCCCUGGCCAUUGACAGCCGUCAUACAGUCCUGUCCUGCACGUCCCUUUCGCCAAGCUGCCAGAUCACUGGCACUCUCUGCAGCCAGCGCUACACGGUGUAUGUCAUUGCUAUGUCAAAGACCUGCGAGAGCACGACCAACUCCAGCAGUUACUUUGAGACAGUGCCGUGCCCCCCCGCCAACGUGGAGGUCUUCCGUGAGUGUUUCAGCAACGUGAUCAUAUUCUCCUGGGGGGCCACCAGCAACUCCCUGUACUACAGGGCCACCGCGGUGGACUCGGAAGGCGAGCGAACGGACUGCCUGACCAGGGAUACGUCCUGCUAUUUCACCAACACCAAGUGUGGCCGCAGAUACCGAUUCACAGUGUUUGCCAUGAGCGGGGAAUGCAACAGCAGUACCAGCCUUCCCGCCCACAUCCGAACAGCCCCCUGUCAGCCACGGAAUGUCAAGACGAGGUCGGAAUGCCACUCAGACGUCCUGAUCAGCCAAUGGGAUGCAGCCGCCGGGGCUAAGAUGUACAUGGUGGAGAUGAUGGGGAACUCCCACAACCUGUACAACUGUAGCUCCAUCACUAACAGCUGUGCCACACCGGGUGUGCAGUGUGGCGAGAGCCUGACAGUAUGGAUCACUACCUCAGACGAUGAGUGCUCCAGUGAGAAGGCCCUCGGGGAAGUGGCCGAGACCGUGCCCUGCGUUCCCCAGAAUGUAUCUACUGGAUUAGACUGCUCCACCAACGAUCUCACAGUGCGCUGGGAGUACAGCCAUGGUGCGGACUUCUACAUAGCCUCAGCUGUGCGGCUGGAUGGCGCCGUCCACAUCUGCCAGACAGCAGAUACCAGCUGCGUGAUCCGUGGCCUCUCCUGUGGGCAGAGCCUCACUGUUUACGUCGUGGCUUCCAACUUUAAGUGCAACAGCUCUGAGAGUGUACGGGUCAUCAGAGAAACCGCUAACUGCCCUCCAGACCAAGUCCAGGCCACUUUGGACUGCUUGGAGAACCAUGCGUUGGUCUCGUGGCAGACCUGGCAGAGCAAGGCUUCGUGCACUGCCUCCAUGGAGGAUGAGGUGGGGGGGCUGCUAAGCUGCAGUACCACGGGCAGCAGCUGCAACGUCUCGGGCCUCAAGUGUGGCCAGAAGUACAAGGUCUGGGUGACACAGCACAGUGGGACGUGUCCGGCCGCACAUUCCAAAUCCAUCGACUUCGACUCUGUCUCCUGUGGCCCAGAGGAUGUAUCAACCCAGCUGAACUGUGGCAAUGGGACACUGGACGUGAGCUGGGCCACCUCAGCCCAUGUGGACGGGUAUGUCGCCAUUAUGCUGGCGGGGAGUGGAGAAAGGACACACUGCAACACCACAGAAACUCGCUGCACCUUCGACGGCCUGCAGUGUGGCGAGUCUUACACUGUGGUGGUGAUGUCAAACAACGGCAGCUGUCUGAGUCUUCCAAGCAGGGGUUUGACCAUCCAGGAAGUGCCCUGCGUGCCGACCGAGGUGUCAGUCAGUCACAGCUGUGAGGGGAACUUGGCCAAUGUCAUGUGGACACCAACACCAGGGGCUCAACACUACAGGGCUAUUGCACGGAGCAAUGGUGGGGCCCAUUCUGAAUGCGUCUCCAGUGGGACGGCCUGCAACUUCAAUGACCUGCAGUGUGGCCGGGUCUACACCGUGGGGGUGGUGGCUUUGAGUGGAGACUGUACCAGCUUGGAGAGCAAGAAUGCAGUGCUCCAGACAGCCCCAUGCACUCCGUCUAAUGUGGUGGUCCAGACUAACUGCUCGGGUGACAGGGCCUUUGUGUCCUGGGGCGCCAUUGCAAACGCGGUGUCCUAUUUGGCGUCGGCGGGGGGUGUGGAUGGGCACAUCUUGUCCUGUGAAAGCAGCGAGCCUGGCUGCUGGAUCGAAGGUCUCCACUGUAGCCGGGAGUACAGCUUCACGGUCUCGUCGGACGACGGCGCCUGCCAGAGCCCGAGCAGUGACCCAGUGCAGCAGGAAACUGCGCCAUGUGCGCCGCGGGACACAGAGAGCCACAUCGACUGCAGUACCAGUGUUUUGACUGUCAGCUGGGACGCCCGUAGUGAGCUGCUGCUGAACUACAGUGUAAUCGUACUGGCCGAGGACACAAGCACAUAUUCUUGCACCACCUGGGACGCCACCUGCAAAGUCGAGGGGCUGCAGUGCGGCAGGCAGUACCGUGUCUACAUGGCGGCUGGCAGGGGCAACUGCAGCAGCAUGACGACGGCGCCGGAAAUCAUUCACACAGCACCAUGUAUCCCACAGACUGUGAAAGCGGCCGUGAUGUGUGGCACAAAUACCCUGGUAAUAUCGUGGGACAGCUCUUCUGGGGCCACAGCCUACACCGCUACUGUGACCAGUUCAGGUGGUGACCCAAGCAAGUUCUGCUCCACCUCAGAACUCACCUGCAUGUUGGACGGCCUGAGAUGCACCCAGCAGUACACUGCCACUGUGGUUGCCCAGGGCAAACAGUGCAACAGCACAGCUAGCUCUGCCAUCUCAGUGGUGACAGGUAGGAGGCGCCCUGUGUUGGAUAACUACAUGGUCCCAGAGGUUUCCCUGUCUGUGACUUGUGUCCCUGCUCCCUGUGCCACCUAUACCACCUGUACCACAGGACCUUGUGAACCCGAAGGUAUGGCGACCCACCUGGGCUGCGAUGACAAUGCAGUCCUGGUUUCCUGGAACGCCAGCCCCGGGGCCCUGGAGUACACAGUGCUGGCAAAGGGCAGGAAGGGUGACCUUUCCUCUUGCUACACCAUGGAAACCACCUGCCUGUUGACUCGGCUCACCUGCGGUCAAAUGUACAACAUCACGGUGUUGGCUGGCGAUGGGAACUGUAACAGCAGCUCUCUGACUUACAGAGUCGUGGAGACAGCUCCAUGCGCCCCUGUCAUGAUUAACCACAGCCUGGUCUGUGAAACGAACAUGGCUACUGUCUCAUGGAGAAAGGAAGAUGUUGCUGUGGGUUAUGUCAUCAAUGCCACUUCAGUCAUGGGCCACAGGAAAGGGUGCAAUGCCAAUGGAACUUUCUGUGAGCUGCCUGAGCUGCAGUGUGGCAAAACGUACAUGGUACAAGGCAUGUCCCUGGGGAAGGAGUGCAAUAGUGAACCAAGCUCCGAGCUCACUAUUGUCACAGCUCCCUGUCCCCCUGCGAUGGUAAAGUCCACCUACUACUGCAACAGCAACAUCGCCCUCAUCAGCUGGGAUGAGAGCCUGGGCCGAGAAAGCUUCUUAGUGCGCGUGAUGGGAGGCAGGAAGGUGUACACUCAGAACACGAUGGAGACCACGAGCACCUUCACCGGUCUGGAGUGCCAGCAGAAAUACAAUGUCACCGUUAGAGCCGUAGCCAAACACUGCAACAGCAGCCAGGAGGCUUCAACGGAAUUCCACACAGCUCCCUGUGCACCACAGAAUGUGAGCGUGAUCCUGCUGUGCGCUAACAACACGGCAGAGGUGACCUGGCAAGCCAGUCCUGGUGCAGCGUCCUACAACGUGACUGCCCUGGCAAGGGAUGGCGACAGCAAGAGCUGCUUUACCACACAGACACUAUGCCAACUGCCCAGAAUGCAUUGCGGACAGACGUACAUCAUCGCAGUGGUGCCCAACUCAGAUACCUGCUUUGGAUUCUUCAGCACUGCCAUCACCUAUAUAGCAGGUCCUUGUCCUCCUAACAACAUAUCAGUGGCGCUCACAUGUGAAGGCAACCUUGGAUUCGUGACAUGGGAUCCUGUGAUGGCAGCAGAGAUGUACAUAGCCACUGCCACGACCACCGAUGGCCAUGUGCAGACUUGUAAGACCAACACCACCAGCUGCUCCUUCCUCGACCUACACUGUGGCGAGGUCUAUUCUGUCACUGCGGUAACUCUUGAGAGGGGCUGUCAAAGUGAGCCAAGUGGCAGGAAUAACUUCAGGACAGCCAUCUGCCCUCCCAGCAACCUGAGAGGACAAGUUAUGUGUGUGACCCAUGGCCUGAUGGUCACAUGGGACCGGAGUCCCAGGGAUGAUGUGACAUACUUCCUGAAUUACCAGACAGAGGGUCGUGCCAGCACCACCCACGUAACCUCAAGCAUCUCCUACCAGCACAUGGGCCUGUGCGGGGAGCGUUAUUUCUUUGAACUACUAGCACAGGACGAUACGUGCAACAGUAGCUGGACUCAGUCCCUCAAAAUGGACACAGCUCCUUGCCCACCCACCAGUUUGAAGGUCCAAGUAGACUGUGGCACCAACAGGGGGAGGGUUUCCUGGAUGCAGAGCCCAGGUGCAUUAGUCUACACUGCUGUGAUUACGGGAUCCCAUGGGCAUAGAACUUCCUGCUCCUCCAACUCUACAACAUGCGACGUGAGGUUGGACUGUGGCCGCCGGUACACUGCCAUGGUGUUCUCCUCAAACGAAGCAUGUAACAGCACAAUGGAUGCUGCGGUCGAGUUUGUUUCAGCCCCGUGCCUACCAGGAAACAUCAGAACCAAGACAGACUGUGAUGCUAAUGAAUUUGCAGUACAAUGGGAGAUGACCCCAGGGCCUAAUCUAUACACGGCCCUAGCUAUUGGUGGCAAUGGGCACCGCGCCACCUGUGAGACCACCGAGACAUUCUGCACCAUCCAGAACUUGCAGUGUGGCCAGACCUACAGCAUUGUCAUCACUACCGCCUCCUCCAAAUGCAACAUGAUACAAGACUCCAACCACAAGGUCAAAUCGGCACCUUGCAGGCCCACAAACCCUACAGUGGACCUGAACUGCAGUACCAAUAUGGCCAUCAUGUCCUGGGAAUAUGUACAGGUGACACAGAUGUACCAAGUGAAGGCGGUGGACAGUCGGGGCGAGAGCACCACAUGCAACACCACUGGUGCCAACUGCACCUUCUUCCAGCUCGACUGCGGGGAAAGGUACAUCUUCAGCGUGGUGGGCUUCACUGAUCAGUGCGAGAGUGCUGUCAGCAGCACUGCGGAUCUUCUCACAGCUCCCUGCAAACCUACUCAUGUGAUGGCCAGUCUGAACUGUGAGUCGGGCAUCGUGUCGAUCGUGUGGGACCCCGCAAAAGGCGCCAACACAUACAUAGCACGGGCUGAGGGCACAAGCGGGCAUACUACCUUCUGCGCGGGCAAUGACACAAAUUGCACCAUAAAAGAUCUGCUAUGUGGCCAGGACUACUCCAUCGCAAUCCUGGCCGCAAACAGCCACUGCACCACCAGUUCAGGCGAGCCAACUUCUGUGACAACAGGCCCUUGUCCCCACCACCAACUGGCAGCAUCCCUGCACUGCGCAUCAAACACAGCCACAAUCUCCUGGACCCCAGGGAAGGGAACCUUAUCCUACAGUGCCUCAGCUGAGGCCCUCGCCAUCACACACUCUACUUCCUGUACCACUGCAACUUCCAGCUGUGACAUCACCUCCCUGGAAUGCAGCCAGGAGUACAGGGUUAGCGUCAGCGGACAAGGCCUUACCUGCCUUAGCCCGGCAAGCUCCUGGAUCACCUUUAACACAGCCUCCUGCCCCCCCACACAGGUUACGGUCCAGUCAUUCUGUGGCUCGGACACAGUGUCUGUCUCCUGGACUCCAGUGACGGGUGUGAUGUCAUACAUGGCUGCUGCCGAGGGGCGUGACGGACACGUGGCGUCGUGCAACAGCAGCCACACAGUCUGCGACAUCCCAGGCUUGCAUUGCGGCCAAAUUUACGAGGUGUUUGUCGCGGCCUUGGAUGAGCACUGCAUUGCGGGAAAAAGUGAAAUGCAUAUCCUGAAGACUGCUCCCUGUGAACCCCAGGAUGUGGACAUCCAUUUGGAGUGCCAGUCAGGUGUUCUUGGGUUAUCCUGGGAACCAAGCAGAGGGGCGGACCGCUACCGAGUAGAAGUAGUCAGCGACAAUGGCCUAGUGAAAACGUGCAACACCGAGAGCACCUCCUGCGACAUCCCUGACUUGCAGUGUGGACUCGAGUACACCGUUAGUGCUGUGGCACUUGACGACAAGUGCAAUAGCUCCCACAGCUUGGCCAAGAGCUUCACAUCAGCUCCGUGUCCCCCUGACCACAUCACUGCCAGUGCCGAUUGCUUCACGGGCAAUGUCUCAAUUUUCUGGAGUCCCACAGUCCAGGGCGUCCAGUAUGUCGUUACUGUGAAGGAGCCCGGCAGCCGCUUUCAGGUGUGCAAUGUCACAGGCCUCCAGUGCGUCAUCAGUGGCCUGCAGUGCGGCGCGGAGUACACACUAGAGGUGUCCGGAGAGACAGACGGCUGUGUGGGGGCUCCCAGCACUGACCACCCUUUCCAAACAGUGCCCUGUGUCCCACUCCUGGUUGGAACAAAGAUGGACUGCCCAUUAGACUCUGCCUGGGUGGAGUGGAGGAACCCGCAAGAGGCGGAGCUGUAUGUGGCCAGUGCGGAGGACACUCAGGGGCAGGUGGUUUAUUGCAACGGCGGCAAUGGUGUCAGCGGCUGCUCCGUGCCAGGCCUGCGGUGCAGUUUACAGUACACCUUCACAGUGACUGCUUCCAAUCAACAGUGCACCAGCGCACCCAGCAACGCUAUGCAGAUGCAGUCUGCCCCCUGCCCGCCAGAGUAUGUCAACAUGGAUGUUGAUUGUGAGAAUGGGACCAUGACAGCAUCCUGGCCCCUCAGUCGGGGCGCUCUGAGCUACACUGCUACUUUGCGGGGCCCAGAUGGCAAAACGUGGGCAUCCUGCACCACCAAUGGAUCGGACUGUGACAUUGGCACGAUGCCCUGUGGGGAGAGCUUGGCCCUGGCAGUGGUGGCCGAGGGAGCCAGCUGUUAUAGUAGACGGAGCCAAGACUUCCCCAUCAGCACAGUACCUUGCUCUCCACAAAUCCUGGAGGCCACCCUGAGAUGUGGUGACAAUAUGGCAACCGUGACUUGGAACAGGAGUAGGGGGGCAGAGCGUUACCUAGUGAAGGCCACCAGCAGCGAUGACCACCAGGCCACCUGCAUCUCACGUGGGGCUACCUGCUACCUCAGGAGCCUGAGCUGUGGGAAGAUAUACACAGUCACUGUUCGGGCAGAGGACAGCACCUGCUCCAGUGCAUGGAGCCAUCCUGUUGAAAUUAAGACAGGUAACUAUGGUGGCCACAUUGCCAGUCUACCCAGGGUUAAAUCCCCAGUUAUAGGUAUAGUUCUAGCUUUCGUUUCUCCUUGGCUUAAUGGUUGCCCAUUCCCUUCAGUCCCCUGCAUCCCUGAAAAUGUAGACGCCCACUUUGACUGCGAGUCAAGGACCAUGAUCGUGUCCUGGUCGGCAAGCGACGGCGCAGACUCCUACACAGCCACGCUGGAGGACAGCGACGAACGCUUCACCAAUUGCCAGACCUUGGGAGCCAGCUCAUGCAAUGUGACCGGUCUGCACUGCGGCCAGGUUUAUCACGUGUCCGUGACUGCGUCGGAUGGCCACUGCACCAGCCAGGAGAGCAUCAUGCUGGAUGUCCACUCAGUCCCCUGUCUCCCCAGGCAUAUCAAGGCCUCCAUGGACUGCGAGAGGACCACGGCGGUGGUGACCUGGGACUUCUCUCCCGGGGCAAUGUCCUAUGUUGCUACAGCCACUGCAACAUCUGGCCACGUAGCCACCUGUGACACCACCCACACCAACUGCGAGAUGAGCAGUCUGGCAUGUGGAGAGCGAUACUUAGUGUCAGUGCUCGCGCGGGGGGAGACCUGCAACAGCACAUCCAAGAUGCCUCGGCAGCUGAUGACAGAGCCAUGCAUGCCUCUUCAUGUUAGCAUCCAGUACAACCCACCAGUAGGCCAGGUCUACUGGGACACAAGCAUGGGAGCCUCAUACUACAUCACAGAGGCUGAGACCAGUGAUGGCUUGCAGACUUCAUGCACAACCACAGACAACUACUGUGCCCUCUAUAAUAUGGCCUGUGGCCGUGAGUACAACAUCACGGUCAUUUCCAGCAAUCAGGCCUGUGAAGACAUCGUCGCUUCUGACCCAAUCAGCCAGACCACAGAACCUUGUCCUCCGAAGAAUGUCCAAGCCCGUGUGGACUGCAGGACAAACAUAGGACAUGUGUCAUGGGAGGAGAGCGAUGGGGCUGUGGGCUACUUGGCCAUCCUGGAUGGACGGGAUGGAGAUUCUGCCUUCUGUUACACCACUACUACAUCCUGCACUUUGGAUACACUCCACUGCGGAACAAUCUACUACACCAGAGUCCAAUCCAUAGGAGAGGCAUACAACAGCUCAGACAGUACCACCUACAGCCUACUCACAGCUCCUUGUGUGCCAGACAUGUGGGAGGCCCAGGUAAACUGCGAGAACGACACUGUGUUGGCAUCCUGGAAUUACAGCAGUGGGGUGGAGUCCUACAUACUGACCGCCAGAGGCAUCGAUGGACAUUCCACUUCCUGCAUCACCAGGGAGACCUCCUGUGCCCUCGUCGGCCUCACCUGUGGGAAUGCGUACACCCUCAGACUGGCUGUCUCCACCCAUCAGUGCUCACUCAUGUCCCCCACCGAAUUCACCCUCCAGACCAAGCCAUGCCCCCCAGCCCACGUGUCGGUGGAGCUGCAGUGCGGCUCUCGUACUGCCACUGUUUCGUGGAGAGAGAGCGAAGGGGUGGAGCUCUACACAGCCAGCGCUGUGGCUUCGGCAGGCAUGUAUGCCGAGGACCGCAACACCACCGACACCUCGUGCCUCUUUGCCAACCUGGAAUGUGGGGAGACCUACACCUUCACAGUCAGGGCGUACAGCGGUGAAUGCCAAGGCCAAGCCAGCAAGACCAUCGAUCGCAAUACAGAGCCAUGCCAGCCCACCAACGUGACAGCGCAGGGAUCAUGUGAGAAUGACACAGUCGUCCUGCAGUGGGCGGAGACUAAGGGGGCGUCCAUAUACGUCGUGAGUGCCCUGGGUGACCUGGGCUACGUGGUGGAUCUCAAAACACCCAACACGUCCAUCCCGGCUGAGCUGCCCUGUGGACAGACCUACAACCUCAGUGUGGUGGCCUGGGACGACUACUGUGACAGCCUGAGAAGCAGUGUUCUGCAAUACAGAACCGUUCCAUGCACCCCCCAGAAUGUGGUGCCCAGUGUCCAAUGUGAGGACAGCGUGGGCUCUGUCAGCUGGGCACAAAGUGACGGCGCCCAGUCCUACGUGGCAGUUGCCGUGGGACUGGACGGCCACACCCACACCUGCGCCAGCCGCAACCCUAACUGCACCUGGGACGAGCUGCACUGCGGCAACCUCUACGGCAUCACUGCCAUAGCCGAGGACGAGCUGUGCAGCAGCCUGCCUAGCAGCAGCGUGUACAUCCACACGGCGCCCUGUGUGCCCCAGAACCUGAGGGCCUCCCUGAACUGUAGCACCAAGGUGACACUGCUGACGUGGGACCCUAGCCCUGCAGCCAAGUUCUACACGGUGACCGCCGAUUCGACCGACGGCCAGAGGGUGCAGCUGAGCACUGGCAAAAUGCACGCUUACAUCUCUGAGCUCACCUGCAGUCACGUGUAUUCCCUCACGGUCACGGCCAUGAGCACGCACUGCACCAGUGCCGCCAGCCCACCCAUGCACUGGCAGACAGAGGCCUGCCCCCCCACUGCCACUACCCCCGAACUGGACUGUGUGUCUAACAUCGCCGCGGUAACGUGGGAGGCAGUCGAGGGUGCGGAGUUUUACAUCACCACUGCCUACUCUGAGGACGGCCAGUCCGACACCUGCAUGUCCCCCACGACCCGAUGCAGCCUGGCUGGCCUGCAGUGCGGUCAGAUGUACACCGUGUCGGUCACUGCUGUCAACCAGCAGUGUGGUUCUGAUCCGAGCGUCCCUAGCAUGUUCCACUCAGUUCCCUGUCUCCCACAGGGCCUGUCCGUAGAAAUGCACUGUAUGGAAAACGAAGUCCUAGUUACCUGGAACAACAGCCAGGGGGCACUGUCCUACAGGGCUGUCGCUCAGCAUGAUGGAGGAAGCCCCAUCUUCUGUGAGAGCCACCAUCCUGGCUGCAUGCUCACCGGCCUCCUCUGCGGCACGCUGUACACGCUGCAUGUGAUUGCUGUGGGGGAGGCCUGCUCCAGCCUCCCCAGCGAGUCCGUGGACUUCCAUUCAGUGCCUUGUACUCCAGAGAUCACCUCCAUGUACCUGGAUUGCGUCACCAACUCACUGGUGAUGUGGUGGGAUCCCGCGGAAGGAGCCUCGUCGUACGUGGCCCUGGCAGACUCCCGCGGCGCUGACAGUGUCGUCUGCAGAACCAAUGUGACGGGCUGUCAUUUCCUGGACCUGGACUGUGGCCGUGUGUACACCGUCAGGCUACUGGCCUCCGACGGCCAGUGUAACAGCUCACUGAGCACCAGCGAGGACGUUGAGUCAGUGCCCUGCACGCCCGAAAACGUGGAGGCGGAGCUGAUCUGUUAUUCCGACGCUGCCUACGUGGAGUGGGAGGCCAGCAGGGGGGCAGAGUCCUACGUGGUGCAAGCCGUGGGUGCUGAGGGCCACAUCAGCUUCUGCAACACCACCGAGGUGGCCUGUGAGGUGCCUGACCUGGUCUGCGGAGAUAUCUACAACAUCAGCGUGGUGGCUGUCCUGCAGGACUGCAACGUGUCAGAGAGCAGUGUGGUGGAGCUGAAUAGCAUGCCCUGCGCCCCGCAGCUGGUCGAUGCUGCUGUAGACUGUGAAACAGGGGCCGUGAUGGUGACCUGGGAGCACAGUCCGGGAGCCACAUCCUACACUGCCUUUGCCCAAGCGCUCACGGGCUAUAACUCCUCCUGCAACGUCACAGAGACUGUAUGCGAGUUCGACGACCUCCUGUGUGGCCUGCCCUACGCCUUUCACGUUGUUGCCCUUGAUGAUGACGCCUGCACCAGCCUGGAGAGUAUGGUGGCGUACGUGGACACAGUUCCAUGUGAGCCCCAUAAUGUCACGGUGAUGUCCGACUGCUCCUCCGAUGGGGGGCUUAUUAGGUGGGAGGAGGCAGAGCACGGGGAUUUCUUCCAUGUGCUGGCAACAGGCCUAGACGGCCACCAAACCACAUGCGGCAGCGACCCAUUUGCCGAGUGCUGGCUCACCGGGCUGCACUGUGGUCAAAGGUACAACCUAACAAUCACCGUCCUGGACCAUGUGUGCAACAGCAGCCACACCUAUCGGACCCUGCAGUCAGCUCCCUGCGAGCCUCAGGAUGUGCAGGGAGUCGCACGCUGUGGCUCUGGUUCGGCCUGGGUGUCGUGGAGAGAUAGUGGUGAGGUCGAGUCAUACCAGGCCACAGCCACGGCCCCCGGGAGCCAGGCAGUCAACUGCAACACCAGUGACAACCACUGUGAGCUGGACGGGCUACAGUGCGGACGCACUUACCACAUUUCCGUCCUCUCUACAUAUGACACUUGCCGCAGUGCCGAGGUCAGAGGCCAGCCGUUCCAAACAGCCCCCUGUCCACCGCAGCAUGUAGAGGUUCUAGGGUCCUGCAGCCCAGACAGGGAGCUGAGGUGGGACUCCGACUCUGAUGCAGACUACUUUGUUGUGAGUGUGAAACCUGAAAACGGCACGCAGCACUCCUAUAAAACGGGUGAGGCAAGUUGGCGAAUCAGUCACCUGACAUGCGGCCAGAAUUACUACGUCUAUGUCACGGCCUUCCACGGUAGCUGCAGGAGUAUGCCCAGCCUGACCGUCCAAGUACCAUCAGUGCCAUGUACGCCCCAGCAGGUUUCCGGUAACCUGGAGUGUGGGACUAACUCAGCCUGGGUCAUGUGGGAGCCUUCCCCAGGAGCUCUGAGCUACAGGGUGACUGCAGAAAGCGUGGAUGGCCACAGCUCGUCGUGCUCUGGCUCCCCCUCCAGCUCCCCCUGCAACGUACCAUCCCUGCAAUGCGGGAUGACCUAUACGUUCAGGGUCACUGCCAUUGGCCACAGCUGUGAGAGCCAACUCAGCUCCACCUACAAGCUCAUGACAGCCCCCUGCCUCCCCAAAUCCAUCACGGCCGUCACGGAGUGCCACAGCGACACCAUCGCGGUGAACUGGGAAAGGACGCAGGCCUCCCCACUCUACAUCGCUAUAGCGGAUGGGAAUGACGGAAGUACGCUGUCCUGCAACAGCACCGUGGGAACGUGCCAGCUGGCCGGUGCUCAUUGCGGAACGGAGUACAAUGUCAUCGUGGCCUCCUACUCGGACAAAUGCAGCAGCUUGAGGAGCUCCCCAUACACCAUUACAACAGCACCAUGCACCCCUCAGGACAUUGUAGUGGAUGCCUGCAGCGGUGAAGGCAUCAAGGCUUCCUGGCCACACUCAUUCGUGGCAGAGUUCUACCUCAUGACGGCCACAGGGGAAGACGGCAACACACUGACCUGGAACAUGUCUGAAAGCCACCUGACGCUCACGGGGCUGCGGUGUGGCCAUGCCUAUUCCCUCUCCAUCAUUGCCAUGGCGAUGGGCUGCACCAGCCUGGCCAGCUCACCGAUCACCCUAAGCACCGCACCCUGCAUCCCGGACAAUUUGACGGUACAGAUGGAGUGUGCCAGCAAGUCGGCAAUGCUCUCCUGGGACGCGAGCGAGGGCUCCCUGGAGUACUUCGCUCGUGUGCAGCCUGAGCACGGCGACACACUGUUCUGCGGCGGGACAAACACAUCCUGCAAUGUCUCCGGACUAGAAUGCGGUGUCCUGUAUGACUUCUCAGUGCUGGCCUCGGACAGCACCUGCAAUAGCUCCUUUGGCAAGCCGAUAAGCCGGGCAGCAGCUCCUUGUCCCCCCAACAUGGUUCAGAAGCGGCUGCUGCCAAUGAAAGACGGAGUUCAGAUUGUGCGAGUAUACUGGGAUCCUGUGGACUGUCCUGGUGUCACGUACCUGGUCGACCUGAUGGGGAUGAUCCAAGGCAGUGAGCAGGCGCUCAUCAACAUCUUUUCCUAUUGGACCGACUACACCUUCUUCGAGAUCCCUGUUCCUUGCAGCUCCACGUACUCUGUUACCGUCACAAGCAAGAACUUGGCAAGCACUGGAGAUCCCUCGACGGCCAUUACCGGAAGCACGGGUACUGGGGCAGGAAGACACCAUGCCUUCCCCCACUCGUCACAGCAUAAAACAGAGUGUUUAGCCCAUGUGGUUUCAUUGACGGCUGCUGUCGUUUCAGCUCCCUGCCCGCCGUCGGCUAUCACUUUCGUCGGGGGUGACGACUCUGCUGUCCUGUCCUGGAACCCUUCAGUCUUCGCCACCAGCUACACAGUCUAUAGGCUCUCCAACAGCACCAGAUCUCAGGUCUGCAGCACUGCACAGCUCUCCUGCAGGCUGCACAGCGUCAGCCAUGACACUGUCGAGGUGACGGCCAGCAACUCGGCGGGACAGAGCAAUCCGAGCCGUGACAUUCAAGAUAUAUCACCCCUUCGCUCCAAAAGAACUCUGCAUGAAGCCAUGGUCGAUGAGAGGGACGAAAUGCCCAUUCCGAUCGUGCAAGUGGCAGUAGCAGGAACCUCUCUGCACAUCCGAUGGAGCACAGUAGGCGGUGCCACAAUCUACACACUGACGGUCAGGCCGGACUCCAGCAGGCAACCCGUCAGACCCAUGCUGAUCCCUGUGUAUGGGGGGUCCCACACAGUGACUGACCUGGAACCCAACACCAGAUACUGCGUCUCGCUGUCUGCCACCGUGGCUUCUGCUAGCGGCCCAUUCUCUGAGCCAAGCUGCGUGCGCACGGGGACAACCAUCUAGGGCUCAUAAGCAAAAGACACUUUUACACUUUUACACGUUCCGUUGAAAGGACAGGUACAGGAUAUGUAUGUGUGUGUGUGUGUGUGUGUGUGUGUGUGUGUGCAUGUCGGAGGGAGGGAGCUCCAUGAGUGUGUGCCAAUGAAAUUCACUGUUCAUUUCAAAAGUGACCUGGUAAAGCAUGUUUACUGUGAACCUGUUAGGCAGAACAUAGACUUUUUAUAUAUAUAUAUAUAUAUAU